CCGCAUGUUUCUCGGAAGAGCAGUUAGUUUGUCGUCAAAAUCACAGCAAUUCUACAGGAUUUCUAGACUAACGAAACUUUCUAGCAUGUCAGAUCGUAUCUCCUUAUUCCAGGCCAUAGGCCUGAGCGAACAGAAAGCCAAAGAAACGAUUAAAAACGAAGGACUUUCGGCGAGACUCGAGGAAGUCGUAAAACAGGCCCAAAGUAAAGCAGACGAACUUGACAAGGUGUCUGGUACAAUGUUGUAUUUACUGGCAUCCAGCAGCUUAAAGGAUCAAAGCAGACUUAACUUCAUAGUGGACUACAUUGCCAACAAAAAACUCUCUUCAACUCAGCAACUUAAUGCUGGUAUUGAUUUCCUGGCAAAGAAAAACCCAGUAGGUUCCAUCAAACAAGCAGAGUUUGAACAGACUUGUGGGAUUGGCGUAGAAAUCACUCCUGAACAAAUUGAAGAAUGUAUUGAGAAAAUCAUCGAUGAGUUCAAGGAUCAACUCAAAGAAAAGCGAUAUCAGUUCAACACUGGACUUAUUAUUGGUAAAGCCAGAGAAAAGUUGAAAUGGGCAGAUGGAAAAGCUUUAAAAUCAGAAAUGGAUAUGCAGAUUUUGGAUCUUCUUGGACCUAAGACAGAGGCAGAUAAAGUGAAACCAUCAAAAGAAAAGAUCACUCCUGAACAAAUUGAAGAAUGUAUUGAGAAAAUCAUCGAUGAGUUCAAGGAUCAACUCAAAGAAAAGCGAUAUCAGUUCAACACUGGACUUAUUAUUGGUAAAGCCAGAGAAAAGUUGAAAUGGGCAGAUGGAAAAGCUUUAAAAUCAGAAAUGGAUAUGCAGAUUUUGGAUCUUCUUGGACCUAAGACAGAGGCAGAUAAAGUGAAACCAUCAAAAGAAAAGGNUGCAAAGCAAGGCAAAGGAGGCAAAAAGAAAGGAACAACAACAACUGACAAGAAAACRUCUACAGUUGUUAAUGGUGACUGCAGUGAAGAUGGAGGUCUUACAGGAGAGUUUGCAAAAUUCCACAAACCCGGUGAAAACUAUAAAACUCCAGGGUACGUUGUCACUCCUAAAACUAUGAAGCUGAUGGAAGAACAUCUCAACAGGACUGCUGGGAGAAUUCAGACAAGAUUUCCACCAGAACCUAAUGGUAUUUUACACAUAGGACAUGCUAAAGCCAUCAAUGUCAGCUUUGGGUAUGCCAAGGCCCACAAUGGAGUGUGCUAUCUAAGAUAUGAUGACACAAACCCUGAGAAGGAAGAAGAACGAUUCUUUAGAGGUAUUCUUGACAUGGUGCAGUGGUUAGGAUUCAAACCUUGGAAGAUCACUCAUGCUUCUGAUAACUUUCAGCAGCUGUAUGAGUAUGCGGUUGAACUCAUCAAAAGGGAUCUAGCAUAUGUCUGCCAUCAGCAGUUUGAAGAGAUCAAAGGUUUUAAUCCACCACCUAGUCCAUGGAGAGAUCGUCCAAUAGAGGAAUCUCUAACGUUAUUUGAGGAUAUGAAGAAAGGAAAGAUCGAAGAAGGACAGGCCACUCUUAGAAUGAAGACAACACUGGAGGAYGGCAAGGCUGACCCUGUAGCGUACCGCAUCAAAUUUACACCACAUCAUAGAACAAAAGACCAAUGGUGCAUUUAUCCCACGUAUGAUUUCACUCACUGUUUGUGUGACUCUCUUGAGGAUAUCACGCACUCACUGUGCACCAAGGAAUUCCAGUCCAGACGAUCAUCGUACUACUGGCUGUGCAAUUCCCUUGACAUCUACUGCCCUGUUCAGUGGGAAUAUGGAAGGCUCAAUCUAGGCUACACUGUUGUUUCUAAGCGUAAAAUCGGUAAACUGAUCAAGGAAGGCAUUGUUAGRGACUGGGAUGAUCCAAGACUGUUCACCCUCACUGCUCUCAGAAGACGGGGUUUUCCUCCUGAAGCCAUUAAUAACUUUUGUAGUAAGGUGGGUGUGACGAUGGCCCAGACAAUGAUUGAACCGCAGAUGUUGGAAGCUUGUGUAAGAGAUGAGCUUAACGUAACUGCUACAAGGRUUAUGGCAGUAUUGGAACCYKUGAAGGUCAUCAUCAAAAACUUCCCAUCGGAYAAACCAAUAGAAGUCGAMGUUCCCAACAUUCCUCAGGACCCCAGCAAAGGAUCCCAUAAAGUACCCUUUGACAGGGUGAUAUACAUCGAAAGAAACGACUUCAAAGAGGUUGGUGAGAAAGAUUUUAGACGGUUGACAUCGAACCAGACAGUCGGUCUACGCCACGCUGGUUACGUUAUCAAAACUGAAAAAGUAAUAAAGAAUUCUAAUGGUGACGUUACAGAAGUGGAGGUCACGUGCGAAUCAGCUACAUCGACAGGAAAACCAAAAGCCUUCAUCCACUGGGUUUCUUUACCAAUCACCUGUGAAGUUCGUCUGUACGACAGGCUAUUUCAUCACAAGUUCCCUGAAGAUCCCGAGGAGGUCCCCGGUGGAUUCAUCACUGAUUGUAAAAAGGAUUCUCUAACUGUGAUCUCCGAUGCCUURGUCGACGUAACGGCCAAAGGAGCCAAAGUUUAUACCAAAUAUCAGUUUGARCGUUUGGGGUAUUUCUGCGUGGAUCAGGAUACGUCMAAAAAUAAGGUAUUGUACAAAAACAAAUGMGCGAAGGUUUUAAAGGGCUAYGGUCCACCAGCAUUCCUUUCGCGCUUUUACUUAUGUUUGAUGGACGCGGAUUGCGAAUGGAUAUUUCUCCAUAUAUGAAAAAACACGGCCGCAUUGAAUUCUUGUGGCCUUAAGAUAGUUUCUUCUUUAUAAAUGUACAUGGAAUUAAUUUUUACUGUUUUGUUUCCUUUUUGCAGCUUGUUUUCAAUCGAACUCUGCCCCUAAAAGAAGACUCGGGCAAGAAUUGAGACGAAAUUCACAAUUUAAAUUCCUAAUACUGCAGCUUGUGCAGCAAGCAAGCUUUGUCAUUCUCGUAAGAAGAGCCUGCUGUUGCAUACCACACAGGAAUCCCGCUAUAAUAAGGAUUUAUUUUAUUUUAUUAUAUUUUCGUACAACCGGAA